AUGUCGACUAAUGAUGCCGUAUUCCAGCGGCGGAAUAAGCAAAUCGAGGAUGCCAUUGACGCCCAGAAUUUGAAGCAAGCGCUGCAGCUAAUUGAAAAAAGAAUCAAGAAAGGAGAGGAUACGCCAUUCCUGAAAGCAUGGAAAGCGAACAUUCUUUUCCGCCACGCCGACGAAACCCACCAGCAGCGUGGUAAUACAGAAACCCUCCAGCUAUGUAAAGCGAACCCCGCGGUGACAGACCUCGAUGCAUUGGAUAUUCUUUAUGAGACGCUGCAAAAAAUGGGUGGAAAUGAGGAGACCAUGAGGAAUAUCUGGGAGAGAGCUGCGAAAGCGAAACCCCAACUUCGUGAUAUCCAGACGAAAUGGUUUAAUAUCGCUUUUGAGGGCGAUGAUUGGAAGUCCGCGCAGAAGGCUGCUAUGACCUUGCAGAAUAACUUCCCAAAAAAGCGAAAGUACUAUAUCUGGGCCAUCUUCCUUUGCUAUCUUCUUGCAGUCGACGAAGCAAGCUCGGAAAUGGACCGCAAACUAUUCGGCACCCUUGCUUAUCGCAUGGUUUCUAAGGCUGCUGAAAGCGUCCCGUCUGAUCCAAAGGAGUUACUGAGCCCUCCUAGAGCUAUACAAUCAGCCGAGGAGCUAUUGCUACUUGUUAAAAUUUAUGAGUCUCAAGGACGACAUGACGAAAUUGUCAAAAUCCUAGACAGUGACAACCUUGGAAUCAAGUCCAAAAUUGUCCAGAAUGACUGGUCUUUCGUCGGUGUGAAGCUUGCCAGCUUAGAAAAGGCUGAGAUGUGGACUGAGGGCUUGCUAUAUGCAAAAGAACUUCUUGCUAUCCCUACCAAUGAAGAUGAGCAGAAGGCUAUCCAGGAGCGCGACGACUGGGCUGUUUGGCAUCUGCUUGUCACCGCAACACAAAAGCUAAAUGCCGCAGAAACGACCUCAGAGGCACAAAACUUCAUAUCUGAGUUCAUUGAAUCUCAGCCAAAGUCCCGAAAUGCACAACUAGCUCGGCUCGAUUUAACACAUUCCAGCUUUAAGUCUGGUGCAUUAAAACAGGAAGACUUACUUUCUGGCUGCCAGUCAUAUUUUGAUCACAGCAAAAACAAGAUUUACUGUUUUGGUGAUCUUUUGAGUUACCUUCCGACCUUGGACAAGGAUUCUAUUUCGGCGUUUGUGAAAUAUGCAUUCGAGGCAUCUUUGCAAAAUGAGGCAACUGGCCCAUUCAAAGGGGUUGCGGUCAUCAACGCCCUAAAGUUGGAAUAUUGCUUCCUGAUGUCCUCGGACGCGGCCAAUGUGUCUAAGGAGAAAGUAGAAGACUUUGUAUCUCGCUGCCUAAAAGAGUAUCGCGAAGUGGGACGCCCUGACCGAAGCUCUGCUCCAUCUACCAUUGAAAGCCAGCCGAGUGACGACCUGUGCGUUCUUGCAGCAAUGGGCCUGCUUCGCUUCAGCAGUAACUGGGUUUCGAGUAAGCAUGAGCAGAUUCCAGAUAUCAUGCUCAUCCGCGCGGCAGCAAUCUUGGAGCACCUUAUCGUCGAUUCCCCGCACAACUAUCAAGGAUUGCUACUCCUUGUGCGACUUUAUCUCCGUUUGGGUGCGGGAUCUCUUGCUCUGAAAACCUUCAGCAAACUCUCUGUCAAGCAGAUGCAGUUUGAGACAGUUGCACAUAACCUCUUCACACGCCUUGCAACUAUUCACCCUCACUCCGCACCGCCGAUUGAAGGUGCGGAAUACAAGGAUUUUAAUCCGCAGUCUGCCUUCGUCCAGGCUAUGAUAUUUUUCCUAAGCGCGGAUGUCACAUCCACCCGACAUCGUACGAAUGGCUUGGAAUAUGGCAGUUAUGUGAACGUGGAGGGAACUAUCGAACUCCAGAGGCGACUGAAACAGAGCAUCUGUCGUAGAAUGUGGGCUUUAGAAGUCAAACGAGUACAGAGACUUGUGGGUGGAAGCCCUGUGGGACGUUACGAUGAGAUUGCGAGAGAUCCUUCGCCAUUAGUUGACCAGCGUACUUUCGACGCGUUCAUGAACUGCGAGGCACCUGGUCAGCCUACGUUCGAGCAGUUGAUGCGUCUAGGCCCUCUGCCUCAGGCACAAUGGGUGAGGUCAGCUCAGUUGGCCGACAGGCUUUUGGGGCUCCUUAAAGAUAUGACCGCUCAAAAGCCAAUCUCGGCCGCACUUGAAAUUCCGGAGCUUGAUACCAUUAUCGGAGCUGAUGCCGAAUCUGAAAUGACUCCUUCAGAGAUCGAGUGCACGAAGUCCAACCUAAGUCUGCUACAAUUGGCUGUGUAUCUGAGUGGAUCAAAAUCCGUCACAUCUGAGCAAGUCGAGAAGAGUUUUGACCAACUGGAGAGCUGGUUGAACUCCACGUUGAAAGCUCUCGCAACAGACGGGAGCAACAUUUCGCCACUAUUGUUGGAGACGGCGAUUAUCCUACAACCGGAAGUCCCAUAUGCUCCAACUUGGCGACUCUUCCAUGGUGUACUCACCAUUCUUGAUUCUAUCAAGGCUCUGGCUCAAUUGUGCUCUAUAGCAUCGAAGAAGGGAUCCAAGGGUACCAAGCUAUCCAAGGAUCGAGUUGAAAAACUGUUGGAUUUGGGACGCACGGUGCACCAGAGUGCCCAGACGAAUAUCCUCGUAGCUAAGAAACAACUUUCUGAGUCAGGAAAGCUUGGCUCUUUGAUUGACUUGGUUGUUGGCGGCAGUGGCACAAGUGGUUUUGGCCCACAGCUCCGCGGCGAGUUUGAGAAGACCCUUGAUACGUCGGCUUUGGAGUUAUUCUGCGGCGAAUUAAUGGAAAGCUGGGACGAAGGGCUUGGUGGUGUGGUGGCUGUGAGGCUGUGA